AUGAAAGCGGCCUCCAUCCUUGCGGCCCUCGUGGCGUCGGUCGACGGCGCCGUCCUCUGGGACGGCCGGUUCAACGAGUUCACCAGCUCCGCGGACCUCAACAAAUGGUCCUGGGGCAACCAGGUCGGGCCGUACCAGUACUACAUCCACGGGUCCGGCACGGUGGAGAAGUACAUCAACCUCUCGCCCGACUACAAGAACCCGGCGGACACGGGCUCGACGCAGGGGGCCAAGUUCACGCUCGACAGCACGGCCUUCUGGAACGGGCAGAACAUGCGGCGCACCGAGCUGAUCCCGCAGACCAAGGCGGCCAUCAACCGCGGCAAGGUCUACUACCACUUCAGCAUGAUGCGCAAGGACACCAACGCGCCCAGCGUCAACCGCGAGCACCAGAUCUGCUUCUUCGAGAGCCACUUCACCGAGAUGAAGUACGGCUGGAUCAGCGGCGAGCAGGGGGCUAGCAACCCCAACCUGCAGUGGAUGACCAACCAGCAGAGCCGCUGGAAGACCGAGUGGAAGGCCGGCGUGUGGCACAACAUUGCCUACGAGAUCGACUUCAGCGCCAACAAGGUCGGCUUCUGGCACUCGGAGGGCGCGGCGCCGCUCGCGCAGGUGGUGGCGCCCGUGUCGGUGUCGACGUCGUCCAACGGCGCCGACUGGCACCUGGGCGUGCUGGAGCUGCCGCGCUCCGGCUACGCCGACGCCAACGAGGACUUUUACUUCUCGGGCGUCUACGUCGAGGACGGUACCAUCACCACUGCUGUUGCUGGGCCUGGUGAGUUGUUGCUCUAA